GUUUUUAGUGAAUGUGAUGUUGACUAACUGACACUAAGAUGAAGUAGAAGUAGCAAUUUUGCGCAACCACGACCUAUUCCUCUUCCACGACGCAACCAGGGCACCAACAGGAACGAUCUAACAAGUAAAUGGCCUCUUCCGGACAGCGUCUAGUUUCGACGCGGUCUCCGGGAUGUGGACUGUUUAUGACGGACACUUCUGGCCGUGGCAAGGCUGGACCUGGAACUGCUAUAAAGGUGAAGCUACAGCCCUCCGCAGCAGAGGCAGCGCAAAAAGAAGAGCUGGGAGUUCAGAAAAAAAUGAUUAAAAUGUUGGAAGUUAUGAAUGAAUGUGGAUGAAAAUCAUGAGGAAUAAAACACUGACAUCUUGAUCAAUAUAAAGCUAGAAGUGUAGUUCUUAGAUGAGAAGAUCUUCGUGUCUAGUUUGGGUCAACUACAUACAUUGCGAGCAUUGUCACUCCUGUAGUACUAUUCUGAGUGGUCGUUCGUGGUCAGGGUCACAAUCAGUGCGAAACUACUCAACGAUUCAUUGCUCCAAUUGUAACCGUGUCGCGGAGUUGCAAAAGACAACCGACUACGCUGAAGCCCAGAGAGAAGAAGCCGAAACUGAGCUUGCUCGUGCACAAAGUGAAUUGGAAACGGCAGAACAUGCGCGUGAGAUAGCCCAGGACUCCCAGACGAGUCUUCGCGCAUUACAACUGAAAUUCGAUGAAAUGCGAGUAGCCAGGGACGAAGCGGAAAAACGCGCCCAAGAACUGGAAGCAUCGAGGUUAAGAUCAAGAGUCGUGAUGUUUUUUCAGUACGACUCAACAUCAACAUGAACUCCUAAAAAUAUAUCAGAGUAGUUUAUAGAACGGAUGUAGGAUGGACUUGGAUGGAUCGGAUGGACACCCCUGAUCCUUCCGAUCCUACUUGAAAUGGUGGAAAGUCCAUCCGAUCCGUCCGAUCCAUCCCAUCCCGGAUCUGGCACCCCUAUAAACUGCUCUAGUAUAUGGAUUCCAUUCCCACAGAGUCUAGACUUUUCGAUCUUUAAAAAGUCGCACUUCGACUUCGUAGUCACUCCUUCUUUAAAAACACCAGACGCAUCCCCGUUUUCCAAUUCUCUAAGACCAGACGCGAUAGCUCGUGAGACUGAUACUUUGCGCAGUGGUCGAGAGCGGGAAACCCAGGAAUGGCGUGAGACGAUCGAACGAUUAGUCCGUGAGGGAGUGGAGAACGAAGCGAAAGUCCAUCAGCUUGGCGUGAGAUUGGAAGCCGUUUCCUCCGAAAGGGAUGCGCUUCGCGAAGCCAGCAUUAGCGUUCAGGAAAGACUCUUAAGGACGGCCGUAACGUAGAUUUAAGACUCUUAAGGACGGCCGUAACGUAGAUUUAAGACUCUUAUGGAGGGUCGUUGCGUAGUUUUUCAUUGAUGAAAGUCGAGAGGUUCUUGACGUCAUGCAGCGCUAGUCAUAUUAACUCCUCUUGUAGAUGAAGAUGAUGGGGAACAUUACACUAGAGAUGACGAAUGCUAUAUUCUUAAGGAGAUAAUUUUUUUUUUGACUAGUAUUCAUUCAACCACAGAUCCUGAUGUCUGAUGCAUAACAUUAACAACUAUUUCACAGAAGUUCGUCCUCGCUAAGUCUCGAAGCAGAAACAUUGGAACGCGAAGGGGUAGAGGGUCGCUAUGCGCUUCUCGAGUCAGAAUUGACGCAAUCUCAGAAGAAAUCGACAGAACAAAUUCGAGUUCUCACAGGUGAUAAAGCACGGAUGGCGGCCAGAAUCCAGGAGUUGGAAAAGCAAUUACUGCUUAAUCAAGCUGCAACAACGCCAAGACCUGGUAGUAAGCCUCCCUCUUCUUCAAUGGCAAGUCGUGAUCAACAACCGUCGUCGUUGUCGUCGACGACGACGACUACAUCGGCCACGUCAGGUGCUGUCGGAGCAGUUGUGAGCAAUCGUCCCUCACCUUCUAAGAGUACAGCUGCAGUUUUGGAUCCUGUAGCUGCGUAUCUUGCAGCCACGGCGCCGCAACCUCCACCUCAACAAGAACGUCGUCAACAUGAUCAAGACCGUCGUCAACAUGAUCAAGACAGGAGUCGUCAACAUGAUCAUCAACAUGCUGAUCAACAUGAUCAUCAACAUGUUGAUCAACAGGCUGUGAGCACAACAACCCAUGAGGACCCGCCACCACCUCCUUCAGAAAUCCCAAAGCCUACGAAGAUAACGACCAAAAUUAUGGCUCCUCUGGUCGUGUCGUAGAAGAUAACAACUGGCGUCGUAAUAUAUGAAACAUGUUGAACUGACAAGGCGUACACCUCCUUCUAAGCAGAAGUCUACUUAUAAUAGAAGAAAAGGGAUUGACUUUGAAAUGAUGAUAUCAACGAAUUUUUGUCUUUAUCAUAUUCAUCGUGAAAGUCGUGAUGUCUACUCUCUUCUAAAAAGUAGCCUCCUCCGUUGCACAAUCAACAGCAGUCUUCUUCAGCAACAGCAUCGGGGACUAGAAUACCUAAAGGAACUGGAGCUGCAGCAAAUCCGAAGUUUGGUGGCUCUAUGAAAAAGAUCGAUCCUCGUAAAGUGAAGGAUUUCGUGCCACCUCCAAUCAUGGAUCAAUCCGCCAUUGACCCGGAGACUGCGAAUAGUACCUACGAGAAACUUCUUGUUGCCCGAAGUCAACAUGUUGCGACCAGCACAAGUAGUAAGGCUACUUAAGGCCGCUGGAAGUGGAGCAUCUAACUCUUGAAUCUAAGUAAGUUGUAGACCUGUACGUAAAGGGUAAAAUCUUCUAACCAUUAACUCUAAGAGUUAAUAGAGUCUAAGUACUUACAUCAAAGAACAACAUCAACAUCUAAGUAUCUAUAUUAGACUAACAGAUAUUAAGUUGUAAGUAUCUAAUAUCAAUCAUAGGAGGUACAGGUACUAUCGUCGACGAGAUCAAGUAUCAACAACAUCUGUAUCUAUAUCUAUUUGGUGGAGGACGACCUAGUAGUUCUAAAGUAACAAGGCUCCAUCCACGACAGGAGCAAUGACGAACAAUCAUGGUAAAACUGCUGUUACAGGAGUAGCUGUAGUACCUUCCGCCGGGGGAGCAGCUGCGAGGAAGCAUCUUCCACCUCGACAAGGUUCUUCCGGAGGUACUACUACUUCAGCAGGAGCGGCUAAGAUCUCUGUACAGGCAGGGAUCGGGUCCGCACAAGUAGUUUCAUCUAUAGCUCCUGGACGAGGCGAAGGCUCUUCAGCAUCUUUUGGAGGUCCCACCCAUAUUGCUCCUGCGCAUCCGAUGAGUAAUGAAGAUCAUUGGAUGUUUGAUCAUGGAGAAGAUGUGCUUGUUGAUUCGAAGACAGCAAUUGCAGAUGUUGCGCGACUUCCGGAUGACGAAGUACCUUCGGAUGAAGAAGUGCUUGUGCCAAUGCAAGCGGGAUAGUACCUUCAGACGAAGAGGUGCUUGUGCCAAUGCAGCUGGUUGUUGAAAUUGAAUGCAUCCACAUUGAGCGGGUACAACAUGUUAUAUUAUAAGUGUCCUCGACAACUGGAACUGCAUAGAAGAAGGCAUUACUUAGAGUUCUAAUACGUACCUCUACCUCUGCCUUUAUCUAUGUUGAUUGAUGACCACAGUGCAGCUUCUUGCAACAGCGGACUGUGCCUUGUGGUGUAAUAUCAGACAUUUUCCAAAAACCUCUCCUGCAACAAGAACAAUGUUCUUGAAAGAGAGCCUCGUCACGCUUCAUUUUGGGAAGACUGACAUAAAAAGACAUGAAUAUAAUGAUUUUUGCUGGAGUUCUAGUGCUCCUUCUUGCAGUUGUAGCGUUUCAUCAUAG